GUACGUCAGCAGCGGGAUGGCCGUAGCUGUGGCGGCGGCUGCAGAAGCCCGAGCAGCCGCGGCCGCAGUGGAGGCUACAGCCCGAGAGGCGUCGGCAGCGGCACCCCGGGGAGUUUAAGAUGGCGGCAGGGGGGGCGGCGGGCCUGCGGGAGGAGAAGCGCUAUGGGCUGUCGUGCGGGCGGCUGGGGCAAGACAACAUCACUGUACUGCAUGUGAAGCUUACCGAAACGGCGAUCCGGGCGCUCGAGACCUACCAGAGCCAGAAGAAUUUAAUUCCUUUUCGACCUUCAAUUCAGUUUCAAGGACUCCAAGGGCUUGUCAAAAUUCCCAAAAUUGAUCCCCCCAAUGAAGUACAUAACUUUAACUUCUAUUUGUCAAAUGUGGGUAAAGACAACCCUCAGGGCAGCUUUGACUGCAUCCAGCAAACAUGCUCAAGCUCUGGAGCCUCCCAGCUCAAUUGCCUGGGAUUUAUACAAGAUAAAAUUACAGUGUGUGCAACAAACGACUCAUAUCAGAUGACACGAGAAAGAAUGACCCAGGCAGAGGAAGAAUCCCGCAACCGAAGCACAAAAGUUAUCAAACCUGGUGGACCGUAUGUAGGGAAAAGAGUGCAAAUUCGGAGAGCACCUCAAGCGGUUGCAGAUGCAGUGCCUGAGAGGAAAAGGUCAACUCCCAUGAACCCCGCAAAUACGAUUCGGAAGACACACAGCAGCAACAGUGUUUCUCAGCGGCCAUACAGGGACAGAGUAAUUCACUUACUGGCACUGAAGGCCUACAAGAAACCUGAACUGCUUGCUCGAUUGCAGAAAGAUGGCGUCAAUCAAAAAGACAAGAACUCCCUUGGAACAAUUCUGCAACAGGUGGCCAAUCUGAAUCCUAAGGACCUCUCAUAUACCUUAAAGGAUUAUGUAUUUAAAGAGCUUCAAAGAGACUGGCCUGGAUACAAUGAAAUAGACAGACGGUCAUUGGAGUCAGUACUCUCUAGAAAACUAAAUCCAUCUCAGAAUGCUGCUGGCACCAGCCGUUCAGAAUCUCCUAUAUGUCCUAGUAGAGACGCUGCGUCUUCUCCUUCUCAGAAACGGCUUUUGGAUUCAGAUUUCAUUGAUCCUUUAGUGAAUAAAAAAGCUCGAAUAUCUCACCUGAUGAAUAGAGUACCGCCAACAUUAAAUGGUCAUUUGAAUCCCACCAGUGAAAAAUCUGCUGCAGGUCUCCCGCUGCCCCCUGCAGCCGCUGCCAUCCCCACCCCUCCACCACUGCCUUCAACUCACCUGCCCGUCUCAAAUCCUCCUCAGACUGUAAAUUCUAACUCCAACUCCCCUAGCACUCCAGAAGGCCGGGGGACUCAAGAUCUACCUGUUGACAGUUUUAGUCAAGAUGGUAGUAUCUAUGAGGACCAGCAAGACAAAUAUACCUCUAGGACUUCUCUGGAAACCUUACCCCCUGAUUCAGUUCUACUAAAGUGUCCAAAGCCUACGGAAGAAAACCAUUCAAUGUCUCACAAGAAGUCUAAAAAGAAGUCUAAAAAACACAAGGAAAAGGACCAAAUGAAAAAGCAGGACACUGAGACUACUGAGGAAAAGGAGGAGGACCUUAAAAGAGAAGAGGAAAUUGCCAAGCUAAAUAACUCCAGUCCCAAUUCCAAUGAAGGAGUUAAAGAGGGAUGCACUGUCUCCACGGAGCCUUCUUCCACAAUUGAACUCCCAGAUUAUUUGAUAAAAUAUAUUGCUAUUGUCUCCUAUGAGCAACGCCAGAAUUAUAAGGAUGACUUCAAUGCUGAGUAUGAUGAGUACAGGGCCUUGCACGCCAGGAUGGAGACUGUGGCUAGAAGAUUUAUCAAACUGGAUGCGCAACGAAAGCGCCUUUCCCCGGGCUCAAAAGAGUAUCAGAAUGUUCAUGAAGAAGUCUUACAGGAAUAUCAGAAGAUCAAGCAGUCUAGUCCCAAUUACCAUGAAGAAAAGUACAGAUGCGAGUAUCUUCAUAACAAGCUGGCUCACAUCAAAAGACUAAUAGGUGAAUUUGACCAACAGCAGGCAGAGUCAGAGUCAUGGCACUAGAACUCGCUUGGACCACAAGAUGUGAAUAAACUUAAGCUUAUUUAUUUAAAAUUCCAAAUGAGUUGCUCUAAGAUUCUAAAGAGAUGAAACUUUGCUUGUUGAAAGUUUCAGUAUUAGUAAACUUGAGUUAUUCUUUUUUUUUUUUUAAUUUUACUUUGCUUCCCUGUGUUUUUGAAACUGCUUUUUCUGGUCCUUUUUUUUCCUCUCAAGACUUAUGUUUGUCAAUAGAAUUUUUUUUUUUUAAGAUAUUCAGGAUCCAGUGUCUAUACGUCAAAUCAAUAUUUUCUCCUCAAAAACUUGUGUUUGUCAUUAGAAAUGUUUUUUUUUUAGAUAUUGGGGAUCCAGUGUCCACACUUUAAAGUUGUGUGUGUUUAAAAAAACAACACAGUAAUGUGCAAGAUGAAAUGCUUUUGGAUAAACAUAAGCCUAUUUUCUGAUCUUUCUUAAUGCAAACUCUUUGCCUUAAAUGGUAGAAUAUUUAGAAAUUUGCACAAAAUACAAAAAAAAAAAAAUUAAAACAUUGUUUUGGAGGGUUAAGAAAUAGAAAGGUGUAUGAGUAUGUGUAGGGAUAUAAGUAUACCGACACAUAUGUAUAUACAGACUCACUUGAUCUAGAACAGUAAAAUCACCCUGCAAGUUAACCCCCCAUUGCAAUGGUUGCCUUAAGGUGUUUGCUAGUUGUGUACAUAGUGUGGUUAAUCAUUAGCUACACUGCUUCCCACUUGAUUAGAGCAAUGGGAAGCACACUGUGGCCUACCAGCGUCUGAAAGCGUGUGCUCGAACUGUAUGUGUGCAGAGGUUGUAUGGAUGUUAGCAUGCAUGAAGGAAAAACAAAUAAGCUGCUACUCUUCGUAGGCCAAACGCUCAGGUUAAACAACUGACGAGUGUUACUGUAGGGUUUUUUUGUUUUGUUUUUUCUGUCAAAUUGCUACUUCUAUUGUGGAAGACAAAAGCAUUUCCAUUUCAACAGUUCGUCAGCUUUAUUAAUGUUGGGCAAAAUCGAUAUGUUACAAAAAUGAAACAGAUCUAUAGUUUUGGGGCAAAAUUAUAAAAUUAAACAUGUAGGUAACCUAUUUAUAUACUGCUAUAAAGUAUUUUUUGAAGAGAGAUAUGCAAAGAAGCUAUUACCUACAUGAAAUGUAUAUUUAAAGAUUUUUUUUUUUUCCAUCCUGGGUGCCAGGAAUAUAAAAAAAGAACAGAUAUAUUUAACCAUAACAUACUGUGAUUCAUCAAACAGCACAAACUUUCAUUUCAUGGAGUUUAUCUGUUGACUUUGAUUUAAACUAUCACUUGUUUAUCAUGUGGGAACAUAAGUUAUGUGGUCAAAAUGUAAAGAUUUUGAACUAAUGUUGAUUCAAGUUGUGUUGUCUUAUCGUAUUGUCUUUUCAAAGUGCUGCCAGUUGAAAAGGGAAGCAUUAUGUUUACAAAUCUGUUUUGAAAUGUUUGCCAAAAUUUUGGUAGUAUCUUUAAUAAAGAUGUUUGUCUCCAGCAUCCAAAAAAAUAAAUAACUUUGUUGUGUAUCACUGUAAACCAGAAAAUGUUGGUGUCUAGAAAACCUAAGAGAGCGUGUAGAUUAACUUUUCACUUUGGAGUUCUCCUAAAACAUUAACUGGAAAAAUUAGAUCGUAUACCAAAAGUAUACAAAAGUGAAAGCAAGACCCUUCGCACUAUAACUAACAUUAUUGCAGAUGAAAUUUGAUUUCUAUCUAGCAUGGACUUCCCAGGGAAUUCUAUACUUUUAACAUUGAGAUCCCAGGUGCUGUUCCUUUUACCUCAGAAUUGAUACAAUCAUUAUUUUUAAAUGUUAAUUGAUUUCAAACUUUUAGCUGAAAAAGAUAGAAAAGGAAAUUUAAUUGGGGAUAAGUUUGGUCUUCACAUUAUUAUAGUGGAGUCUCCUGAGGGGUUUGUCUGUAGGUAAUGACCUUAUUGGUGUAAUUUCUUGGACAUCUUGGCUUUUUAAUCAAAGAUUAUUUGCUGCUAUUUGCUAUUAGCAACGUUUCUCAAAAACAAGGUGCUUGAACCACUUGCAUCACCUGAAUUAGAAUCACACAUAUCCUCUAGGUGACUUUUGCAAGCUGAAGUAUGAGAACCAGUGGCUUGGAUGUAGCUCUAAACCUUUAGGUCACUAAAUCUUGAAGCUCAACUACUGGUUUUGUUUCUUGUUUUGGGUUUUGUUUUGUUCUGUUUUGGUAAAAGCCCAUCCCUGUCAGCAGGUGUAAAUCAUUUUUCCCCUUUGAGUGAUGUGAGGCAUCCCCUCGGUUGUUUCACUGCGAACUCUUAUUUCAAAACCUGUUUAGAAACAAGCCUUCCAGUUGGUUAAUCAUUAGCCCUUGAAGGUCCUACCCACUUAUAUCAGCACAUCUUCUGGUUUACAAGUUAGGUAACAAUGGAAGCUGGAGGUGCUUUGUGGAAAUCCAGCAUUGCACACCCAUAGACUUGCGUAUCUACCUGUAAAAGCCUUAAUUCACAUGUUCCUUGUAUACAUUGGGCAGAUCCUUGCAAAAUGUGUCUAUCAAUUGCAAAUUUGAAAGUUGUAAAUGUUUGGAUCUGCUAUUACUCGAGGUUGCAUCCCUUUUGAAGAUGGGUAUCAGCCUAUGAAAAUAUUUAUAACCAUCUCCUACUGCAAGAUUUUUAGAUUCUGUAAUGAUUGCCACGGGAGUGGACAGCCACUUUGUUGGCAGAAUUUUUUUAGAGGUUUUUUUGGUUUUUUGACAGAAACAGUAAAGUAUAAACAACACUGUCAAGAUUAGAGAACAAAUUGUAUUGUCUGUCAUCACGUUUCACCUAAAAUAAUUUGAAACACUCAAAGAUUUUUACCAAACCCCUAAAUUAGCUCCAAAUUGAGUGAGCAGCUGAUUUAAAACAAAGCAAAAGAACAUUAACUAUCAGACGUGAUUUUAUUUUUUAAGUAGGGAUUUCGUUUCCUAUCUUGUCUACUUAUUUCCCUUGGAAUAAUUUAAAUGGGUUAACUUUCAACUCUUUAAGUAGUGGUAGGUAUUCAGUACUUAUUCUCACAAAAGCAUUUGGGGUGGUCAGUUUAUAUCAUUGCUACAUGAAUUGAUUAUAAUAAAAAUUCAGUAUUCAUUUUC